CUGGCUGCCAUAACUCUUCCCAUGCAGCAGUUGUCUCCAUCUCAACAGCUUCAACAACAACAGCAACAACAAGUACAACAACAGCAGCAGCAGCAGCAGCAGCAGCAGCAGCAGCAGCAGCAGCAGCAACAGAAAGUUAAAGCCCAGGUUGCUAGUAUACCUGUAGCAGUGCCAGGAGGAAGACCUUUAGACGACGAAGAAUUAGACGACAAACCAAAGUUUAUUUUGGCUCCUACGCCGGCACAGCUCGGCAAGGCCCCUAGACAAAAGCGACUCAACUCUUCAGGGCAAAUAUCAUCUAUAGGAGACACUGCACCACAGUUAUCUCCGGACGUAAAGAUGGCUCCUCCGCACCACCCCAGCGGAGACAGUAAGGUAUCUCCGGUGUUGAGUAAUGCUUCAGAGGGCGACUCAUCAGUACAGACGACCACCCAGCAGAUGGUCUCUGUUCCACCAUCACCUAGUGAGAAGAAGAGUUUCUUUAAGAAAAAUAUUGAGGAUGGCAUGGACAAGGUCCUUGAAGAGGUGAAUUUCGAGCAGAAGUUCGGAGCGCUGCCCGAGUUUAACCCUGACGAGGUCCAGUCCCCCAGUGUCAACGCUAGCACUGGGCCCUCCGUACCUUCCUCCCCGCGGACCUUUAUUACGUCUUACAGGAAAAAACGUAAACAUUCCACAGGUGGUGAAGAGUCAGGCUCAGAUACUCCCAUGAGUGUCACCCCUCACCAGACACCCUCACUGACACCCUCCUCCACACUGCAAGGAUCCAAGUUCUUUCCUCCUGAUUUCAACCCAGAGACUUUCAAGGUUGGUGAGUCUCGGGCGGACAAGUGCGAGAUAGAGUCACCUGCUGCAGGAGGCCGUUCACCCAAGACUCCCAGAGAUGCGGACAAGAGCCAUUCAUCCUUGAGGCACAUCCUGGAUCAGAGGCGCACCCUUGUGAUGCAGCUCUUUACUGAAUAUGGCUGGUUCCCAUCUGCCCAAGCCGUCGCAGCAUUCCAGUCUCGAUACUCGGACAUCUUCCCUACCAAGAACUGUCUGAUACUCAAGAUAAGAGAAGUACGUCAGAAGGUCCACCAGAACACACCCAACACACCUGGUGUACCGAGCAGUCCUAACCCGGCCACACACACUGGGUCCUCCUUACAACACCCCCACAACAACCACCACAAAUUUCUGGUUAACCAAAAAGAAUGUCGUGGCCGAACCAUCGUACACGAUCAUCUCUCACUGCCGCUGUGUCAACGUCAAAUCAAGCCACCACUUCCCUCCCAGUCGGCACAUAAUGCCACAUCUCGGCUAGAUUAUUAAUUUUACUGUGUUGUUUUUUUAUUUUUAUUUAUAUUUUAACCAAUGGCUACCCAGCAUUACUACAUAAUAAUAACAUUGGCAUUUUACUACUGUUAAGAGUUGAAUGUGUACUUUGUAUAAAUUAGCGACAGUUA